CUUUAAGAGCUUUCAGCAUGUGUGGCCAUAUUUUGCCAUUUAAGCUCUGAAGAUGUAAACAUAAGAAUUUUGCUCAGUAAAAUAGAGUUUCAUUUGAAAACUUUAUUUGAAAAUGAUAUUAAUUGAUAUUUCGCAUCUAAAAAUGCUUUACAAUGACGGUCUGACAAAAGAAAUGCAGCAGGAUAUGCAGCCAAACAUUCCCCCUCGAAGCGACAGUUCAAGCAGCAAUAGCAGUAGUGACAGCACCGACAGUGCAAAAGAACUGUCCUACAGUAAUGGUGCAGACAGUACUGAUAGCGGAGCUAGCUUCACUUUUCGCCAAAUUUCCACUUCAAGGUCAAACACACCUCAAAGCAGAAAAGCGAAAUUUAAAGACAUCGAAAGCGUGUCCAGAGAAGUGCCCUUAGCAGCAUUUGCCUCAAGUAUGGUUGACAUUGACACAUGCUCUGUGUCCAAGAAAAGAGCUUCAACACCUAACAGCAUUGACACAUCUAUCGAGAUGUCAAGCAGAGAAAAAAAUAAAAUAAUGAGAAAGAAUCUAACUACCAUCUACAGUGUCAUCUACGGAAUGCUUCUCACAGUGAUGGGAGGUAUCAUUUACAUAACCCAUCAAAGCGCAGAAACAAGAUAUGUUAGCGAGAUUUUUAGCACAUGUAUAUCCCUCAUGGGCAUGCUAUGGUUAGGCUUCUUCCACAUUGACCUACAUCGUUAUAAGAAGAAAGCUUUGAAACGAAUGAUGGGAACACCUGAUCAGAUUGAUCGAAUCAGCACUUGUACAGACUUCAAUUAUGCCAUCACUUUCAUCGGCAACGAAAUACCACCAUACCGAUUUCUCACUGGCAGACACAGUGGAAGCUUUUACCUUAAGGCAGGAAUGGCCGCUUUUUGUUUCGGUCACCUGAUAAAUGAAGGCUUGCAGCUGGGGCAGCAAAUUGUCGAUUUUACAUCAGAGGAAAGAUCUCUGUUGAAUUGCGGAGAACUACCGACACUCCUCGCAAGAAUAAUCAGACCACUUUACUCCUUUUAUCAAUUAUUCAUAGUAUUUAAAUAUUCAAAUAUCGUAAUAAAUCGCCACAAAGUGCUUGCGUGUUUUGCUUUGAUGCACAUCAUGGCCACAUGUUUAUGCUUUUGGUUUGGAACCAUCGUUGAAGAUGCAGUGGAAGAUUACCAUCACAAAUUAAGCAGAAAAUCCCACUUGACGAAAAAUGCAACUCACUCUUCAGUAUUAGAUCAUCCACUGUGUGCAGAAUUAACCGAGAACCAGUGCAAAUGUGCACUUACUGCCGUUCUAUCCGUCAACAACGUUCAAGCCAUACCUUACCUAUACCCAUUUACAAUCGAAUACAACCUUUUAUUAGCCGGCGUAUGGUUCAUCGUUUGGCAUAACAUCGGUAAAGAACAUCACCGAGCAAAUCCUCACCAUUUCCAUCACAAAAUCCAAAAUAACGAUGGCAUUGAAGAAGUGACUUUUCACAGCAACCUAAUUAUAAGUGCUGAUUGCCACGCUUCCAACAAAGGACUCUUUGCUGGUCUUUUUAUCCUCCUGAGUGCGAUUGUAUCGAUCAUUGUAUUUUUCGUAGCAAUGAGUACCACAGAAUAUCAACAAAUAGGAAUAUCAAUUCAUUUCUUCCAAGAAGGAAUUUUGACAAUCAUUACUUUAAUUUGUGUUCUCGCUGCACAAAGGCAGCUCUCGAAGCUGGACUUCAACAAGCAUCCAAUUCACUUUCUGGACGAUGUUCUUCUUUUCGUGCCAUUGCCAUUCUAUUUUAUUCAGGCGAUCAUGACGAUUUUCUCUGAAUACCAGAAGCACAGUACGAUAAGAAUAGUGAUGUCUAUUUUAAUACCCAUACAAGUUAUAUUACAGACGCCAUUCAUUAUAGAUGGACUUCGCAGAUGCAGCAACUCACAAACUCUUCGAUACAAAAAGCCAGGAAGAGAAGUUGUGACCUUCCUCAUUGUGUGCAAUCUUGCCACGUGGAUUAUCAACACUUUUGAAGCAAAAAGUGUUGAAUCACACUAUGGACUAAAUGCAUAUUUUGGAGAAUUCGUGUGGAUGUUCGUUACUCAUACAUGCUUACCUUUGGUGUUGUUUUAUAGAUUUCAUUCUUCAGUAUGUUUAGCAGAUAUCUGGAAAUCUGCUUAUGAAAAAGGGGAAUAAAAUACUUUAAAAAAAAAAAACUUUUUUUUUUUUUUUUUUUUGCAACAAGACAUUUAUGCUGUGUGAGAUUUUUCUCAAAAUCAUCCAUCUAAAGCAAGGGGAGGGGGGGGGGGAAUCAUUUAAAAUUAUCAAACACUACUGUUUAACCUGCUAACUGGGGAAUAAACUUUUGUUCAAUUCACUUCAUAAUAAAGACAAUAGAAAAUUAAAAAUAUUAAGCCAAAUUUCCAUGAUGCAAAAUGUUGUCUUGCCCAUUGCAGUAGUAGUUUGUGUAUGACAAAAUAUUUUGUCGUACCCAGUUAACAGGUUAAAAGAUAACAUUGAUCUAUAAAAAUUAAUGGUAUUUAUAUAAUGCUUGAAAUCGAUGUAAAAUAAAUUUGAAUGGUAUAAUCUUUAAAAGAAGCAUCUGUAAAUAAUUUCAGAGUUGCAAAAUGCAAUUCACAUGAAAAAUUUUAUAUUGUCAUUUCAAGACCCCCUUACAAUAGUUUUUACAUCAAAACAAUACCUGUACAUUAAUCUGAUGUAUAUUUAUCUGUAUAAUAUUCAAUUCAUUUGAUCACUGUAUUAU